CCCGCUAGUCUAAAUCGUCUAGGUCAUUCCACUCGAUGAAGGAAGAACCGCCCUCACAGUGAGAGGAGUGGAGCGAGAGACGGGAGCAAACGUCAGGGACUGAGCAGGUUUUUCCGGAGAGCGGAACCACCCCGAACCGGGUGCGGAGCACGAACCCCCGCCGCGCCCCGCAGGUGACUCAGGGCCGCGCGCAGGGGGCGUGGCUUGAUCACGCCGCCGCCUCCGCCGCCUCCGCUGCGGGAAGUAGUCCCCCGGCCGCGCUGGGUUCCUAAGGGAGCCGGGCCGGGGAGUCCCGAGAUUCUCGGGCCGAGAUCCCGGGAGCGCAGGCGCUCAGCCAAUCGCUGCGAGGGAGGGCGUGCCGGCUCGGCCCGCGGAUCCCUCCGCCGCGUUGGCCGUGCUGAGGCCCGGGAGCCGCCAUCUUGGAUGCUGGAGCUUGAUUCCGGAGUCUGACCCUGCCGCGUUCGCUCACGCUCGGUUUCGGCCCGGAGGAAUAGCACACAGUAUGCUGGGCUCUGGAUUUAAAGCUGAGCGUUUACGAGUCAAUUUGAGAUUAGUCAUAAACCGCCUUAAACUACUGGAGAAAAAAAAAAGUGAGUCUGCCUGCAGGCCAAGGCCCAGUGCACUACUGCUGUGUGACUGGAGUGGGAUUUGUGCCUUAGCGGAACUGGCCCAGAAAGCAAGGAAAGAGAUUGCGGACUAUCUGGCUGCUGGGAAAGAUGAACGAGCUCGGAUCCGAGUGGAGCACAUUAUACGGGAAGACUACCUUGUGGAAGCCAUGGAGAUCCUGGAGUUGUAUUGUGACCUUCUGUUGGCCCGGUUUGGCCUCAUUCAGUCUAUGAAAGAGCUAGAUUCUGGUCUGGCUGAAUCUGUGUCUACACUUAUCUGGGCUGCUCCUCGACUACAGUCCGAAGUGGCUGAGUUGAAAAUAGUUGCUGAUCAGCUGUGUGCCAAGUAUAGUAAGGAAUAUGGCAAGUUAUGUAGGACCAACCAGAUUGGAACUGUGAAUGACAGGCUAAUGCACAAACUGAGUGUGGAAGCGCCGCCCAAAAUCCUGGUGGAGCGAUACCUUAUUGAAAUCGCCAAGAACUACAAUGUGCCCUAUGAGCCUGACUCUGUGGUCAUGGCAGAAGCUCCCCCUGGAGUAGAGACAGAUCUUAUUGAUGUUGGAUUCACAGAUGAUGUGAAGAAAGGGGGCCCUGGAAGAGGAGGAGGUGGGGGCGGGUUCACAGCCCCCGUUGGUGGACCUGAUGGAACAGUGCCAAUGCCCAUGCCCAUGCCCAUGCCAUCUCCAAGUACUCCUUUCUCAUACCCACUUCCAAAGGGACCAUCGGAUUUCAAUGGAUUGCCAAUGGGGGCUUUUCAGGCCUUUCCCAAUGUUCAUCCACCUCAGAUACCAGUUCCCCCAUCAUAUGAAUCUGCCGAUGACAGUAAUGCUGAUAAGAAUGUCUCUUCUGCACAGAUUGUUGGUCCCGGACCCAAGCCAGAAGCCUCUGCAAAGCCCCCUUCAAAAGCCGUGGACACCUAUGACAACUUUGUCCUUCCAGAGUUGCCGUCCGUGCCAGAUACACUACCAACUGCAUCUGCUGGUGCCAACACCUCAGCAUCUGAGGACAUUGACUUUGAUGAUCUUUCCCGGAGAUUUGAAGAGUUGAAAAAGAAAACAUAGGUCUCCUGCUCCAGGCACCAUCCAAGCCCUGGGAGUUGAGACUGAGAAGUUUCUCCUUGUAACAAAGAAUCUCCAUGAAAUUCUGUUUCAUCUCUUAACCAUCACCGAGCACACUCCUCCUAGGGGCUCUCUCCCUGCUCUACAAAUUGUGGUGCUUUCCAGUUCCUUACUGCUCCUAAGAGAUGAACGACUGGAGACACUGUGAGCCCGGAGCAGCUGACUCCUGGAAGCUGUGCUUGUCUGUUUUCUGUCUGUGAUCCCAGGCUCUCCUCGCCUGUCCCACCAUCCCCCUACAGCGGGGAGAGCUGACACAGAUGGCUGGGCUGUGGAAGAGAGGACGUAUGAAGCGUCUCAGCCUGUGCUGCUGAGGUUCUAGACUUAGUACAGGUGGAUUUGUGGUGAGUGAGAAUCAAGGCUAAGGUGUCUAUUUUCUCAUUCUGUUAUGAAUGGGAGAGAAAAAAAUGACUCAGGAAGCCACUAUAACAGUUCUUGGAAGCUAAGUCCUCUCAUUGCUGCAGGGCAGUGCUCCACCUGGAUGCAGCUGCAAAGGUUUUUGGAAAGCUGAAGGCCUCUCAGUUCUACUGGAUUUCCAGGGAGCCCUCAGGCCUUUUGGCUUUGAGGGCUGUUUCCCUUCUAUCAGUAAUACAGUCCAGUGUUGCCCUCUGACAAAGGGCAGAAGUCACCAUUCAAGGCUAAGGUGGGCUUCCAGUUGCCUUACUAGAAGUAUUCAAGUCUCUUGAAUAGUGAGCUGAAAAGUCUACAGGAGAAGAGGGGUUCCUGUUUUCAUUUGAAAACUUUAAGAGAACCUUUAAAAACUAGCCUCAUACAUUUUGGUGCCCAUGUGGCUGUAGGUGUUUGCUGCUUUCCUUGAUGGAUAAUACUCUUACUGUUGUAACUAACAUGCUUCUUUGCCCUUAGCUAAGGCAUCCUUUCCCACAGGGAUGGCAUUGGGAUCAGAUGCUAAGGCUUUGGCUUCUGUGUAGUAUAUCUGUAUAUACCUGUCUUAAGCAACCUUUCUUUAAUGUUUUUGAUUGGUUUGUAUCUAAUACCUUGGUAGCUGAUAAUAAAGUUAAAAAUUCU